UUGACCGCAGCUGUACGAUUUCCCUGUCGCGCGAUAGAAAGACGGCAACGCUAUCCGCUCGGUGAUAUACUCAAUGCCUCCGUUCGUGCCGACUAUUGCAUUCCAUUUACCAUGUCGAGGUUCUAUUUCGAGAUCAAUAUACUACAGAGCCCUGAUUCACCUGUUGUCGGAAUUGGCCUGUCCAAGGAACACGUCCAUCCUGACGACUUUGUCGGCUGGAAGGAGGACUCCUGGGGAUAUCACGGCGACGACGGUAAUUUCCACACGGCCGGCCAUCACGAGCCCUACGGUCCAUAUUAUGGCGCCGGGGACGUCGUCGGUUGUGGGUAUGACCGGCAGUCGCAAAGUAUUUUCUUCACCGUGAACGGUGAGAAGCAGAGAGACGUAGCGACGGCGGUGUGCGGUCAGCUGUAUCCGACCGUCUCGAUCCAGCGCCUGGUGGCCGACACACAUGUCGUCAUCAACUUUGGGCCGUACUUCCAGUUUGAUACCGCCGAGCUCGAUCUGUCGUCGGCCUCUGUGAGUCAGGAUGAUGCAGAGCUAUGAUUCCGACAUAGAGAGAGAGAGAGAAAGAGACAAGUUUGGGCCAGGAAGGGGCAGGGGGGGGGGACGGAUCUUGCGUACAGGGUGACGUGAUCUGAUCGCCAAGUUGAA